AUGAACUUUGAAAACCAAACCACCAUGUCUUGCCCACUCGGAGCCAAAGAAUGCCCAAUCAAGCCAUUUGCUGAAAAAGUUCAGAAACAAGCUGUAGAUGCUAUUCAUCCACCAUUUAAAGUACCAAAAGACCUUAAUGAUGCCAAAAAAGCUAUGAAGGAUAACAUUAAGAAGUAUGGCGAAUUCUAUAUGUUUGUCACUGGAUUGUUGAUCUCCAUUGGCGCUUUAUGUGUUCACGUAGUUAUGUUGUUGUUACUUGUCGCAGUUUAUGCCGGACUUGUCUUCGCGUGGCCAAAGUAUAUUGAAAAGUAUGUGAAAGACUAUAUGGACAAAUUUGAUAUUAAGAUCUGCUAUAUCCCAACACUUGUUGGCGUCGUCUUCACUUUGUUUGCUUUGAUGUUCGGAGCCCCAGGUGUUUAUAUUGUCUUCUUGUUGAUUGCAGUGAUUGUAGUUGUUGCUCAUGCUUCACUUCAAGACUACGAUGUUUCUGAUAAGAUCAAGGAAAAGGUUGAAGCCAAAGUCCAAGAAAAGAAGGAAGAGAUUAAAGAAAAGGAACAAAGCAAGGCUGAAGAAAAAAUAAUGAAAGAAGCCGCUGAAAAAGUUGAGAAGGAACAGAAAAAAGCUGCAAAGGAAGCCGAGAAAGAAGCUGAAAAAGAACAAAAGAAAGCCGAAAAAGAGGCUGAAAAAGAAGCUGAAAAAGAAGCUGAAAAGGCUGAAAAGAAGGCAGAGAAAGAGGCUAAGAAAGCUGAAAAAGAAGCCGAGAAAGCUGCUGAAGAAAAGAAGUAA